GAUAUCAAACCAGUGUAAAAAAAACACUCGCACACACCAUAAGUUUGAGAAUCAGGUGCAUAUUUCUCUUGUUUAGGCUUUGAAUAAGGAGAAUCUUUACUCAUUUAUCCAUUCCUAUAUAUAUACUUGACUAAUACCUCUUCUUUUUAACUCAACAAACAUUAUAUAUAUGUUUUGUCAUCAAAAAAAUAUUAUCAAAAUAUGGAUUCGUCAAAGCAAAUGUUUCCAAAUUUCUAGAGAGCUAUCAGUGGGACAUUCUUCAAGAAUUCAUUAUUAUAGAAGAGGUGAAGGGGUUCCAUUUGAAUGGGAAAAGCAGCCUGGAACCCCUAAAAUUAAUCCAACAAAAGAAGAUGCCAAUAUACCACUUAGCCCUCCACCUUCAUUUCAAAGCAUAGGGCUUACUAAACCUUGUUUUGAUGAUCAUGAAUCAAAAAAUUUCAAGGUUUGGAUUACAAACAGGAUGAAGAAAUUGCAUUCAUCAAAACAAUUUGCGAAAUCGCACGAUGGAGAUAAAGAGUUUAACAACUCUAGUUCAUCUUCAUUUGAUUCAAACACUAAAGAGAGGGACAAAUCUUCAAGGGAUUUAAUGGAGGAUUCAUAUUGUUGCAAUCUCACAUCAAUGGAUAAAGAGGAGGGCUACAGAAAAAUGAACAAGAGAGAAGAAAUUGGUGAAAGAUUAUUUGUUGAGAGAAUAGUUUCAAGAAUGUCAUCAGUAGACCAAUCUUACUAUAGAAGCACAGUAGAAGGAAUUCCCUUUAAAUGGGAAAUGCAACCAGGCACUCCUAUGGCUAUACAUACACCACAAAAUGAAGUCAUUCCACCACCUAGCCCUCCGCCAAUGAUACAAAGUUUAGCAUUCCCUAAACCUUGUAUUCCUCAUCAUGAUCAUCAACACAAUAAACCUUCUAAUACUUGGGAGAAAAUCAAGAAAAUGAUCAAAAGUAGUCAUCAAGAUUCAGUUCUAUCUUCUUCCAUCUCAAAAAGGAAAGUGUUACCCUUGUCUAAAUUUACAAAAGAUGUCUUGGGGAGGAAAUUUUGUUUCAAUCCUUGGAAGAUUAAAGCAAAUCUUGCGUCUUCAAGACGCAUAUGAGUUACAUUAUAAAUAUAUAUAAACCACCAAUAGUAUGAAUGAGACAGGAACAAUAGUAUGAACCAUGAAAGGUUAUAUAUUUAAUACAUGUAAGUUGAAUUUGAGUAUUGUUUCAUCGAUAUUUAUUAUAUACUUCUUGUGAAAUUUAGCAAUCUCCUUCAUUGUGUUUAUCAUUGUAUAUAGAUAUUCGU